CUGCUGCUGCUGCUGCUGCUGCUGGCCGUGUUGAGCGGCCCAGUGUCCGGCCGCGUCCUCCGGUCGGUGCCCAGGACCUCGCUUCCCAUCUCUGAGGCUGACUCCUACCUCACUCGGUUUGCUGUCCCUCAGAUACAGAAUUACUCAGUUCUCCUUGUGGAUCCUGCUUCUCACACACUUUAUGUCGGCGCCCGGGACACCAUCUUGGCUUUAUCUCUGCCCUUCUUAGGGGAGACACCCCGCCGGAUUGACUGGACGGCGCCUGAGGCACACAGGCAGAACUGUAGGAAGAAAGGCAAGACGGAGGACGAAUGUCACAAUUUUGUCCAGAUUCUCGCCAUUGCCAAUGCCUCUCACCUCCUCACUUGCGGCACCUUCGCUUUUGAUCCGAAGUGCGGGGUUAUUGAUGUGUCCAGUUUCCGGCAGGUUGAAAGACUUGAGAGUGGCCGGGGGAAAUGUCCUUUUGAGCCAGCUCAGCGGUCAGCAGCUAUAAUGGCUGGAGGCGUCCUCUACGUGGCCACGGUGAAAAACUACCUGGGGACGGAGUCGAUUAUCUCCCGGGCUGAGGGUCGAACUGAGGACUGGAUUCGGACAGAGACCUUGCCGUCCUGGCUUAAUGCCCCAGCUUUUGUCGCUGCCGUGUCCUUGAGCCCAAACGAGUGGGGGGAUGAAGAUGGAGACAACGAAAUCUACUUCUUCUUUACGGAGUCUUCCCGGAUAUUUGACUCCUACGAGCACAUUAAAGUCCCGCGGGUGGCCCGCGUGUGUGCGGGGGACCUUGGGGGCCGGAAAACCCUCCAGCAGAAGUGGACGACAUUUCUGAAGGCUGAUCUGCUGUGUCCAGGGCCUGAGCAUGGCCGGGCCUCCAGAGUCCUGCAGGACAUGGCCAUCCUUCGACCAGAGAAUGGAGCAAGGACCCCCAUCUUUUAUGGCAUCUUUUCCUCCCAGUGGGAGGGAGCUGCCAUCUCUGCUGUGUGUGCCUUCCUACCACAAGACAUUCGGACAGCGCUGAACGGUUCCUUCAGAGAACUGAGGCAUGAUUGCAACAGGGGACUGCCUGUCCCGGACAACGAUGUGCCCCAGCCCAGACCUGGAGAGUGCAUCACCAACAACAUGAAGCUCCAACAGUUUGGCUCGUCUCUCGCCCUGCCUGACCGUGUGCUCACCUUCAUUCGGGACCACCCGCUCAUGGAUAAGCCGGUGUUACCAGUCAAUAGCCAUCCCCUGCUGGUCACUACAGAAACCGUCUAUCUCAGACUUGUGGUCCACACAGUGACUAGCCUCUCGGGGAAAGACUAUGAUGUGCUCUACCUGGGGACAGAGGAUGGACACGUCCACCGAGCGGUGCGGGCUGGAGCCCAGCUCAGCGUCCUCGAGGACCUGCCCUUAUUCUCAGAGCCACAGCCCAUUGAGAGCAUGAAGUUGUACCAUGAAUGGCUUCUGGUUGGCUCCCCAAAUGAGGUGACGUUAGUAAACAUGACCAACUGUGGCCGUCUGCAGAGCUGCUCAGAGUGCAUCUUGGCACAAGACCCCGUCUGUGCCUGGAGCUUCCAACUGGGGGCUUGUGUGCCCCAUACUGGGGAGCAUGGAGGGCUGGUGCAGGGCAUGGAGUCAGUGGAUGUCUCUUCCUUGUGUCCCAAGGACCCUGGAGAACACCCAGUCGUGUUUGAAGUUCCCGUGGCAACAGCUGCACACGUGGUCUUGCCCUGCUCCCCAAGCUCAGCAUGGGCAUCCUGUGUGUGGCACCAGCCUGGUGGGGUGACUGCUCUCACCCCGAAACGAGACGGGCUGGAGGUGGUAGUGACCCCAGGGGCCAUGGGUGCCUAUGCCUGUGAAUGUCAGGAGGGUGGGACAGCACGCGUUGUGGCCGCUUACAGCUUGGUCUGGGGCAGCCGGGGCGCCACUAGCCAGGCCCAUACGGUGGGGGUGGGGCUUGUUGGCUUCUUGCUGGGGGUUCUUGCAGCCUCCCUGACGCUCCUCCUGAUUGGUCGGCGGCAGCAGCGACGGAGGCAGAGGGAGCUCCUGGCACGAGACAAAGUGGGCUUGGACCUGGGAGCACCACAGUCCGGGACCACAAGCUACAGCCAGGACCCUCCUUCCCCGUCUCCUGAGGAUGAGCGGCUGCCUCUGGCCCUGGCCAAGAGGGGCAGUGGCUUCGGGGGCUUUCCCCCACCCUUCCUGCUGGAUCCUUGCCCAAGCCCAGCCCACAUCCGGCUCACGGGGGCUCCGCUAGCGACCUGCGACGAGACAUCCAUCUAGAGCUGAACAGGUGACUGCUAGCCCACGGUGAUCACGGCAGUGGAACUGUGGGAGUCACGUGCCUGGAAGACCAUCAGGGCCUUUGAGGGGUUUAUUUGGGGGGCUGAGUGAUCGCUUGGACUUUAGUAUGUGCCCUUGCUGGGCCUGGAAGGGCUACUGUCACAUCCAGCAGAGCCCAUGAUUCCUCUGGGAUCUCAGAGCUGCUGCCCUGCUGGCCGUCGGGACUCCACCCCCCUGCUCGCUGCGCUGUCUGUGGCCUCUGCAACCCCGGCCCCUUACGUUUUGGCAAAGGCCGGUACGGCAACGGUGGCUUCGGUUUCUGGUUGGGCCCUCACCAGAAGGUGAAGCCACGGAUGUGGCUGGCCCUGUCGUGCACUGAUUUAUUCUGUGGUUUUGCCACUUCUCCCAGGUUAUCUGACUCUGUGGGGAGUGCAUGGUCCCCAAGUCGCAAUGUGGAAUCUACCCUGAGGUCCUCCCGUGGAAGAGCAUAUGUAAAUACCUGGGUGUUCACAGGGGGCCUGGUCAUGGGUGCAUGAAUGACUGGGUCUGUGCUUCGGUGUCUUUAUGGGGGGCCAUAUGGGAGAAGGGCAGAGUGGGGGCAUUGCCAGCAGAACUUUCCACCCUGUGAUCCUGUAGUCAGCAAGGGAAUGGCUUUCCCUUUUCAAAAGAAACAAGCCACUGCCCCUCCCCAGAUGACCCCCACAGCCUUUCUCCAAAUUUCGUAGAGAAAACUUUUGAAGUGCCCUUCUGGAUCGUAAGGGCAGUGGUACCCACGACCCCUCUUUCUCUUUGGUUUUUGCCUCCUGGCUGCCACCACUGCCAUGCCACACUGCUUUCCCUCUGACUAAUGUUGGGCUGAACCCUCUGCCUUGGCUCCCAUUAAAAACACACUUCACAUCAUUCUAAAUUGAAAUGGAGGCAAAAGGGAAACAGUUGCAAGAGCCUUGGGCAGCACUGGGGUGGGUUUAUAGCAGUGACUUUACUCAGGGUAACACCCUUGCCCUCAAGCAGGGAUUCUCCAUGUGGGGUCCACAGACUCCCUGAAAUUAUAUGCAAAGCAUUUGUACUUAUAUGUCUGUAUUUUUCUUUUGGGGGGGCAGGGUGGUGGUGGUGGAGGUUUUAGGGCUCUCAUCAGAUCCCCCAGGCUCUAGCAAAGACAAAGGACCCCUAGCCCCUGGGGUCACUGUGCUUUGGCCAAAUUGAGAUGAAACCACUCUGGCAGCUUUUCCAGGCCCCGCUGCCCCUGUCCUGUGGCUGGCACUUGGACUUAGAGCCACCAAACAACUUCUUCUUCCGGCCCAACCUGUGAGCUGGGCUCUAUGCAUAUUUGAAGAUACUGUCCCUGGGUGGCACAAGCAGUUAAGCACUUGUCUAAUAGCUGAAAGGUAGAUGGUUCGAACCCACCCAGAGGUGCCUUGGCAAACAGGCCUGGAGUUCUGUUUCUGGGAGGUCGCGUCUGUGAAAGCCUUAUGGAGCAGUUCUACUCUGUGCACAUAGGGUCACCUGGAGUCCCACUAAACUCAUCGGCGCCAAGCAACAACAGCACCUCUCACCACACGGACACACCUCUUCUUGCUUCACGACUCCUACAUGCUCCAAGCUUCUGCUCGGUUUCCGGCUUGGUCUGCAAACGUGCCUCGUCCAUCCCUGGUGAGAGACCUUACUGGGCUCCAAUGGAAAAACCAGCCCUUCCCAGUGGAAGUUUCAGCUCCACAUGUCCUUACAGCAGCCUGUGAACUACUCAAAAGAGUCCCCUUGGGUUUGGAAUGCUCAGUGGUUUUGCUAUUAGUAAGCGUGUGACCUUUGGCAGGUAAUCUAACUAAAGGACAUCAGUUUACUUCUCUGUAACAUGGGGAUAAUAAUACCUACCUCAGGGUUGCUACAAGGAUUAUAUGAGAACGUAUGUAAACAAUAAAUCACUAUACCAACAGA